AUGUUCAACGUUUAUGCUUUGGAGGCCCCAGGGGAGGGCAAGUUUCUCAUCCCCAGGCUCAACUCGAAAAAAUCCAGUCGGGUGAAGCAAGUUGAUGAUGCCACCGAAAGCCGGGAGCGCCGCUUGCUGGAGGUUGGGCUCAUGCGCAAUUACGUGACCAAGACUGGUCCCUCUAUCUGCCCCGACGACCCAACUCAGUCCAUUUUCGCGGCAGCAAUAUUGGAGCAAUCCCUGCAGUUUGAUGCGCUGCUAUACACUGUGUAUUCCAUCACGGCUCUGCAUCAAGCCUGGAGUAGCUGUAGCCAGGACGACUCUACCACUGAUCUCGACGUGCACCGACGAUACCUGUCCAUGGCUCUACGCGAACAUCAAUCGCUGCUACGCAACAUCACCAGUGAAAACAUAGACGCCAUUUGCUUGACGUCUGCCUUUCUCCGAUUUUGUGCGUAUGCCAUGCUCCAAGUACGCAAGCUGCAGCCGUAUACGCCACCCACGCAAUGGUUAAUGAUGGUGAGCACUACGCGCGCAUUGUACGAGGAAGCUUGGGGUGUCGCAAAAGACAAGCCCAAUAGUAUAGCCUACUUGCACCUAAGCAGCUAUUCCAUCACGCGCGACAACAACAACCUCAGGGAGCAGUGCAAAUUCAGCGACUUGGCGUUUGCGCAUGUAAUGACUCGACUAGCACAAGAUGUUGAACUAGAGCCAUGGGACGCGGAGACGAAAGAUGCAUAUGAGGAGGCGCUUCGUUUCCUUGGCAGUGUGAAGAGUGUGGUGGAUGACGGUGCGGCCAAGUUUCUAGUUCUCAGACACCUUCUCCGCUUCCCGUUGAUCAUCCCGACGCGACUACUGGACUUGAUUCUCGACUCUCAGCCCAGAUCCUUGGUCGUUCUGGCGCAUUAUUUUGCUCUGCUUGUGCCAUUCGCGCAAAAUUGGUAUAUAGGGUCGGGGCCGAAGCAGGAGGUCCUCGCCAUUGCCGACAAGAUGUCAUCGAGUCCUCGUUGGAGGCGCCUACUGGACUGGCCGCUUCAGAUGGUCAAUGCUUGA